AUGCCUCACGCCGACUCCUCCUACUUCGCGCCCGGCUCGUCCAAAGCCGAUGUAUACGAGAUGCUGCUGAUGCAAACACAAGGCCUCUUGGACGGCCAGAGGAAUUGGGUCAGCAAUCUCUCAAACGUCGCAUCUCUCCUGUGGCACGCCUACGCCUCCCUCCCCGCCCCCUCCUCCUCCGUCAACUGGGCUGGCUUCUACAUUCGCGACGACAAAUUCCCCACCCUUGCCUCGCCCAUCUCUUCACCCCCACUGCCCGGCGCGCCCGGCACUGGCGGUGUCACCAUUUCCACUACAUACACGUCAUCGGAAGACCAGCUCCUUCUGCUCGGACCCUUCCACGGCAAGCCCGCGUGCCAAGAGAUCCGUUUCGGAAAGGGCGUUUGCGGUGCUGCCGCCGCCAAGCGGGAGACUGUUGUUGUCCCCGACGUGGAGGAGUUCCCUGGACACAUCGCAUGCGACGCAGAGAGCCGCAGUGAGAUUGUUGUGCCUAUCCUUGUGAACGGAGAGGUUGUCGCUAUCAUUGACAUUGACUGCACCGAGCCCUCCGGCUUCGAUGACGAAGACAAGAAAUACCUCGAGCAGCUGGCUGCCUUCUUGGCUGAUAACUGCGAUUGGUAA